CAGAGCACAAUUAUUCAGACUCAUCACCCUCCUCGUGCCUCCCUGUCUGCCUAGUUAUUUUCUUUUAAAAACUUGACAGUUUAACAGUUAUUCAAGUUUCGUUCUAUUAGCACACACCUCUUUCUCUUGUGUGUAUUUGUUGGCGUUUAAACCCUAUACGUUUUUCAUAUUUUAAUCACAUCUCGUUUGUCCAAGUUAGCGGGUUCGGUUGUACAUUUUCGUAUUCAGGAAACGGCGAGUUAGUACGCGCGAGGGAGGGGGAAUCGUGCAGGCGCCUACGCCGCGAGCUUCUGUAAAGUGCUGUCCACACUCCUGAACAAAGCACCGCGAGUCAUUUUAACAAUAUUUAUAUAACAUAUAUAAAACAUCAUCAUAAUAUACACUUAUCACGCGUUGACAAGCGCUUUAGCUAAGUAAGACAACUUUUAUUUCCAAGGACAUUGAAAGAAACACAUUGUUUGCUGCAGAGCGGAAGGUGAACCUUGGUUGUCUCGUUACGACGUCUCUUAAGUAUUCAGGAGAACAUGAGUGACGAAAAUCGACCUGAAGUUGAACUUUUUGUGAAGGCAGGCAGUGAUGGGCAGAGCAUUGGAAACUGCCCCUUCUCCCAGCGCCUCUUUAUGGUGCUGUGGCUGAAAGGAGUCACCUUCAACGUCACAACUGUUGACAUGAAGAGAAAGCCAGACAUCCUGAAAGACCUGGCUCCUGGAGCUCAGCCCCCGUUCCUGCUGUACGGCGCCGAGGUCAAAACCGACACCAACAAGAUCGAGGAGUUUCUGGAGGAGAACCUCAGUCCCCCAAAGUACCCGCGUCUGGCCGCCCGUAACCCCGAGUCCAACACGGCCGGGGUGGACGUCUUCGCCAAGUUCUCCGCCUACAUCAAGAACUCGAACCCGCAGCUUAACGACAACCUAGAGAAGGGCCUCUUGAAAGCUCUGAAGAAGCUGGACGACUACCUCAGCACUCCACUUCCUGAAGAGAUCGAUGAAAACAGCGCGGACGAUGUCACUUCCUCUUCCCGCCCCUUCCUUGAUGGGCAGGAACUCACACUGGCUGACUGCAACCUGCUUCCAAAACUGCACAUCGUCAAGGUGGUGUGUCUGAAGUACCGCGGGUUCUCCAUCCCUCGCUCACUCACCGCUCUGUGGCGGUAUCUGGAUGCCGCCCAAUCACGGGAGGAGUUCUCCUCCACCUGCCCCAGCGACAGCGAGAUCAACAUGGCCUAUGCCUCUGUGGCCAAAGCGCUCAAAUAGGGAACACAUGCACGCACACACACACACACGCGCGCGCGCACACACGCGCACACACACACACACACGCGCGCGCAUACACGCACGCACACACACACACGCGUACGCACACACGCGCGCACACACACACACGCACGCACACAUAAACACGCAUACACAAACACACACACACGCGCGCACACACAGCAGAAACAUGCCAGUAGAGUAGAUGCUAUGUGCUUGCAGGUGAACUGAAGGUAUUGCUGUUCCUUCUUCCUUUCUGCACUCAGAAGAACGAGCUGUGCUUUUGCUGAAGGAUGCAUCCAGAGGAGGAAGACCCAGGUUCAUUUUCCCCAGUAUUUCCUUCUCAUCGACUGGAUUUUCUGAUUAGCACAAGUCAGGAGGUAGAGCUAAUGAGUGAAAUCAGCUGGCUGAGUUCCUGGGUGUAAGAAACACACGGCAGCACUUUUACAUUCUGACCCCUGGACCUUCCACCUCAGGAUGUGUUUGCACCACACAGUUUCUACACUCACCGCAAACUCAGCUACCCACCUUUAAUGCUGGAGUUCGUUAAGAGGGCGUGGCCAGGUAUGAUACCAUGGAAACGGAUGUUCUGCACCACGUUAUGAAAACUAGGGCCAUUCUAAAAUGGCCGCCCAUAAUCUGAACCCAACGGCCAUUCUAAAAUGGCUGACCAUACUCUGGACCUGAGGGCCAUUCUAAAAUGGCCAACCAUACUCUAGACCCAACAGCCACUCUAAAAAAAUUUCCCGCUUAGUCUUUUUUUGUCCCCUUGAAGACUCUGUGUUUGCAGAGCAUUGGCCCGCCGUUGUCAUGGGGAUUUGAGUACUCAUGUAGGCUGUGUUUUGGGCCCAGGUCAGCAAUGAGGGGCUUCAAAAUUUUAUAAUGUGGCUCUGAAAUGUGUGACCUGCUCAGGUUGAUAAAAUGGAGCAAACCUUUCUUCAAACCAUUAAAAAAUUUUUUUUUUUUUAACUUUCAGUUUUCUGAAACUCGCUGUCCCUUGGCGGUUCCUUUGUUGAGCGCAGUUUGGGGUGCCCCGUCUGGGGUCCCGGAGGCCGUGAGGUAGAGGUGUCACCGCAGUGGAGCUGCUUCACUGCGUAGCGUAUGAACCACAGCAGAGCGUCCAUGUUGCCAGAGAAUCAUAAAUGGGAGUCUUUUACAUUUCAAAUGCAGGAACGGGACAUGCGGAUGUUUUCUAGUUUUAUUUAUCUCGUUUGCGGAAGUGCACAGGGUAUAAAGGGAGGCCUUCCACGUGGCCUUAAUUGAAGGGAAGAUGUUGCCACAUAUUUGCUUCCUUUUUUUUCUUCUAGAUUAGGUUUGUUUAUUUUUUAUUUAAAAUAAAAAGAAAUGAAAACACCUAAGGUGGCCUUUUAUAGUGAAUUUAAAAUCUGUCAUUUGAUUUGACUGUGGCGUUCAUAUGAAGUGAUUUCAUGUGGGGCCUGGGGGACGUGAUUUCCUAUAAGACAGGCCUGGGGGACGUGUUGUCCUAUAAGACAGGCCUGGGGGAUGUGAUGUCCUAUAAGACAGGCCUGGGGGAUAUGAUGUCCUAUAAGACAGGCCUGGGGGAUGUGAUGUCCUAUAAGACAGGCCUGGGGGAUAGGAUGUCCUAUAAGACAGGCCUGGGGGAUGUGAUGUCCUAUAAAACAGGCCUGGGGGAUAUGAUGUCCUAUAAGACAGACCUGGGGGACGUGAUGUCCUAUAAGACAGGCCUGGGGGAUGUGAUGUUCUAUAAGACAGGCUUGGGGGACGUGAUGUCCUAUAAGACAGGCCUGGGGGACGUGAUGUCCUAUAAGACAGGGUUCUGUUCUCUUGCUGCAGUGAACCCAAGAUCCCCCCACCCCACCAAUGAAGAAAAGGAACCAAAAUCUUUCAAAAUGUAGAAAUAAGGACUGAAUUUGUGUUAAUUAACUAAAUAUAUAUAUCACCAGAGAAUUUUUUUCACUUUCAUUUUUCUGCUCCUUUUCUGGUUUUGGUUUAUGUUCUUCCUUGAACUCUUUUUUUCUCACAACUUUCUGGUUUUCACAGUUUUCACAGAUUCCACAGGUUCUUGUAAAACUUUGUUUGUAAAAUGGCAGGGAGGAGAACUGGGUUUUGGGUAAUGUUUCUCUUUUUUCGCAUAUUAGCUACGCAUAUUCCGACUGCAUUUUCUUUCUAAUUUUGAAUUUGAAUUUUGAAAGUAUUUGCGUAAUUGGCAGUAAAAACUGUCAGAGCAUAAUGUUACCAAUCAAUCCAUCAGCUUGUCACACCUGACUUUCGUUCAACAAGAGAACGUCUGCACCCAAGUUCACUUCAACGUGGAUCAUUUUAAAAACUAGAAACAAAUAUUACCUUUAUUACAAUCAGUUAUAAAAAGCCAAAUGAUUCUUUUCUUACCAUCCAAUCUUUCUGCAGCCAUUUUUGUUCACUCUGUGCUAACAGUUCAGACUGUUACUGAACGUUGCCGGUGAACAGAAAGGCUUUAAACCCAAGCUAACGUUUGUUUUGUUUUUAACGUCUGUUUUUGGUGGCAGUCGAAAACUUAAACUUAUUUUGAAAGUGAAAUGUCUUCUUUUAUUAUUUCUGUUUUGUUGGUUAGUCAAAAGGAGUCUGAUUUUGAGAAUGUCAAUCUGUUAAACCCUGAUCAAAAGAAUUCAAUAAAAUAAAGAUUUGUCAGAGA